AUGAAAGCGGCCCUUGUGUUGCGCCGUCUGUGCCUUCGGCGCGGAGCAAACCACACCAUCGGCACACCUCCGUCUUUACGAACGUCAUUACGGGCCCUUUCUACAAACACUUCCCCUCGACUGCAGCCGCAGACAUGGCAUCGUCAGCUAUCGCGACGAUGGAACAGAAUAGGCAGAGGGAGAGUCCCUAUAGUCGGUUCGGUCUUGUUUGCGGCCGCAUUGGGUCCCGGUGCGUUUAUGGAACUGGCGGAGCAGAAUGGUGAAGAAGAGACCGGGGAGAAGCAUAUGUUGGAAGCAUCGCGGCAAGAGAUACGAAAGACAGUUUCGGAGGAUGCACGCGGCUUCACUCGACUCAAGCAAGAGGUUUAUGUUUUCUUCUAUUGCUAUGUGUACGAGCCUAUCGCAACUGGCUUCAGAUUUCUCCAUCUUACCGUCAUAUUCUUGCCGGUUUUGGUGUCGGUUCCUGUAAUAUGGAUUGGCAGCCGGAAUCCAGACCGCAACAAUCAGCGAUGGGGGACUUUAUGGUGGUUUGAUUUUCUGGUCAAAUCGAUGGAAAGGGCCGGUCCGGCGUUCAUUAAGCUCGGCCAAUGGGCAGCGUCUCGAACAGAUAUUUUCCCUCCCGAACUAUGCGCUCGAAUGUCCUCUCUCCACUCACACGCACCGGCACACUCUCUACAUGCCACGAAAAGGAUUUUAUGCAAAGCCUUCAAUGGGCUUCCGUUUGACGAGAUAUUCGAAGAAUUUCAGGAAGAGCCUCUAGGUGUUGGAGCUAUCGCGCAGGUAUACAAGGCAAAAUUGAAGCCGGACAUUGCAGCACAGUACCAAGAGGAACUACAAGACAUGCCAAAGGAUUUAGCGGCCAGGGUACGAAAGAAUGUCGAUGUUCUGGUCAAAAGCUCACCUCAACGGGUGCCUUCGUCUUAUGUUGCUAUCAAGGUCCUACAUCCGAGAGUGGACGUCACUGUUAGGAGGGACUUGAACAUUAUGAGCAUUUUUGCACAUGUCAUCAAUGUGAUACCUACCAUGGAGUGGCUAUCGCUACCAGGGGAAGUUGAGCAGUUUGGCGAAAUGAUGAAGUUGCAGCUUGAUUUGCGAAUCGAAGCUACCAAUCUGGUGAUUUUUAGAGAACACUUUAAAUCACGCACAACAGCCUGGUUUCCUUAUCCUUAUACAGAAUAUACUACUAGGGAGGUCCUUGUAGAAGAAUUUGCGCAAGGAAUUCCAUUGUCUGUUUUCCUUGAGAAGGGCGGUGGUGUCUAUCAAGAGGAAAUUGCAGACGAGGGACUUGACGCCUUUCUCCGCAUGCUGCUCAUUGAUAACUUCGUCCAUGCUGACCUCCAUCCCGGAAAUAUCAUGGUCCGCUUCUACAAGCCCAAUCAGCUAGAUAUCUCUCUGAAAGCGCCAAAGCGCGCACAUGAAGCCACCUCGAGUGCUGAACUAGAUGUCAAUGAACAAGUACUACGACGUCUACGACCUCACACGAAAGACUCCGAAGCUUGGAAGGCUGCUCUUGCAGAAUUAGAGCGUGAAGGAUACCGGCCUCAAUUGCUUUUCAUCGAUACAGGUCUUGUCACCCAAUUAAAUGACAAGAACCGACGCAAUUUCCUGGACCUUUUCCGCGCAGUUGCCGAAUUCGAUGGAUACAAAGCAGGUCAUUUGAUGGUUGACCGUUGUCGUCAACCGGAAGUGGUGCUGGAUCCGGAGAUCUUUGCAUUGAAAAUGCAGCAUCUCGUAUUGGGCGUCAAAUCAAGGACAUUCGCCUUGGGUAAUAUCAAAAUUGGCGAUGUAUUGAGCCAGGUGCUCCAGAUGGUCCGAGAGCACCAUGUGCGUCUCGAGGGCGACUUUGUCAACGUCGUUAUAUCUAUAUUAUUGUUGGAAGGAAUUGGAAGGAGCUUGGAUCCUAACUUGGAUCUAUUCAAGAGCGCCCUUCCAAUCCUACGCCAACUCGGUUCAGGCACAACACUGCUACAAACCGUGUGUCACGGUGACACAUCCAUGCUCCGGGUAUGGGUUGGUCUUGAAGCACGCACAUUCCUCCAAGCCAGUUUGGAGAGUGCCGAAAUGUGCGUCAAGUACGACAUGUUGGCGCCGAACAUUUGA